AUGCAAAAAUAUGACAAGUUGGAGAAGAUUGGAGAAGGCACCUAUGGAACUGUAUUCAAAGCUCGUAAUAAAGAAGGAGGCGAAGUAGUAGCUUUGAAGCGUGUUAGACUUGACGACGAUGAUGAGGGAGUUCCGAGUUCAGCACUGCGGGAAAUCUGUAUCCUGAGAGAAUUGAAACACAGAAAUGUCGUCCGCCUUUAUGACGUCAUUUAUUCGGAAAGUAAACUUACCCUGGUUUUCGAGUACUGUGAUCAGGACUUGAAGAAGUUCUUCGACUCGCUAAAUGGCCACAUCGAUCAGCAGGUCCGACACUCUCGUCCCUAUCUUUUGUACCAAAACUGUUGGUUCAAUCCGAAGAUUCAGAUGGCGAAGUCGUUGAUGCAGCAGUUGUUGCGAGGAUUAGCUUUUUGUCAUGCACAUCACGUUCUUCAUCGUGAUCUCAAGCCACAAAAUCUGCUCAUUAAUUCUAAUGGCCAACUGAAAUUGGCUGAUUUUGGCCUUGCUCGUGCAUUCGGAGUUCCGGUUAGGUGUUAUAGUGCUGAGGUUGUGACACUGUGGUAUCGACCGCCAGAUGUUUUAUUCGGCGCGAAAUUAUAUAACACAUCCAUUGAUAUGUGGUCAGCAGGGUGUAUUUUUGCUGAGAUUUCAAAUGCUGGUCGUCCACUUUUCCCCGGCGCAGAUGUUGAUGAUCAGCUGAAAAGAAUAUUCAAACAACUGGGAACGCCCACUGAUGACACUUGGCCAGGCCUUUCACAGUUGCCGGAUUUCAAGCCGAUGCCAUUGUAUCACCCAGCAAUGACGUGGGGUCAAGUGGUGCCAAAUAUGUCUGCAAGUGGCCGUGAUCUUCUUCAGCGACUUCUUGUAUGCAAUCCAAAUGGUCGUUUGGAUGCCGAAGGAGCUCUGCAACAUGCGUACUUCUCCGAUUUCUCCGAUGUUUGCUAG